AUGCGUUACAAACUCGACCGAUUGCGCAUCAACCCAGCCUCCCUACAAAUCACCCAACCCCUACCCACCGUUCGACCGUUCCAUCUGGACAUUCUUCGAAAUCAACUCCAAACGCAGAUCCACCUGAAGAGAAUCUUGUUCGUCACGCCAACGGCGGACCACAAGCAACGCAUCUUUGCCGUUCCCAUCCUCAAUGAGUCUUUCCAGCAGGUGGUGCUGGAUGGCGGAAAGACGCAGAGGAUCGGAUUCGCGUUCGUGGCCAUUCGAGAAGGGGUUGUGCCCGCGGCGAACUGGUGCGGGUAUGCUUUGCUCGACAUGCCCGAUAGGGCCGGAUUCGAGAGGAUCCUGGAGCAAGGCAAACGGGUGAGGGCGCUGAGCGACUACCUCAGGCCAAUGGUGUGA